AUGAAGGAAGAACUCACCAUCCAGGCACAGCAAAUCGAAAAGACCCAGACCGAAGCUGAAGAGAAGUUCGAAGAAGCCGCGACACAACGCGAUCUCUACGAGGGACUCAAGCUCAAGCAGGACGAGAUCAACAAGCUCGAAUGCAAGCGAUGGACCCAGAUUCGUACUCUUGCCGUGAAAGAGUCUCAAGACAAGUACGAUGCCAUCCGCAAGAAGGAGGAAGAUGAAAUUGCCGCGACCGUCAAAGCUCGUAGGGCAGCAGACCAGACCAGCGAGGCCGGAGACUUGAUAUUGAAGGGUGAGAAGUUUACCUACCGCAAAGGUUUCCAGAUGGCGCCAGGCUGCCCGAGAAUGACUGCAGCAGAGCGCUGGGAGGCGAAGAAGAAGGAAGACAAGCAGCAGCAAUGGGCUCUCGUGCUGAAGAAUCGUGACAAUGGUGGUAUUGCGGAGAUCGACGAGCAACUGGAGAAGGACCUCGAGGCGGAGAUCGAGAAAAAAGGUCGUGCGCCGGCGCUGCAAGCUGCGAGGAGAGGCAUGACCAUCCUGUUGCUCAAGGAGAAGAAGCCUGCAGUGAUUGAGGAGACUGGAGUGGUCGAGGAGCCUGAAGCAGUCGAGGUCAUCCAAGAUGCAGACUCCCGAAGUGAGCUGUCACAGCCAUCCACCGUAACGGAGCCAACCUCCACUGAAGGUGGAUGCGAAAUCAAAUGA